UUGUUUAAUAUUCACGAAACCUAGAAUUACUGCAUACAUUUUAUUGUUGCAACUGCAGAUAUGCAUGCAAGCCUUAAAUCCCUUUACGUUCCUCUUCUAAUGAAUGGGUCUGUUUGCACAAUUACAACUUACAACCAUGACAUCAAAACUCAACAGAACUCUGACUGCAAUUUAUUAUGAAUUAAAAUAGAACUGUGCAUCAAUGAAUAAUCUAUCUAUCUAUCUAUUUAUAUAAUAUAUAAAACCUGAAGCCGGAGCUGUGAAACUGCUAUGUAUGCUACUCGAUGCUCUCUCCAAUCACCAUGUCAACUGAAAACUCAUUAUCCUUUUUAGCCACCUCAUCAUUUUAGUGAUGUUGUCAACUUUUACUUCAACCUUCCUUUUUCCUGUUGUCACAAUGUCACGCGUGCUCCAUCUAUCUCCAAAUUGGUGGCUCUUGACCAACUAAAAUGAAUGAGCACCUCCUCAUGGAGUUUCUUUCCAGCUCUCUUUCGUACCACUCCCCUAGUGUUACUCUCUACAGUCUCAACUACACGUCUUCUCAGUUCUCAGCUCAACCAAUUCUGUUACUCUUCCUUCAACAAUGUCCAUUCAACUCGCUUUUUUCAAUAACAAAUAAUUGUGUGGUGCCCAUGAAAGAAUCAGAAUCUGGUCCUUCCUCCAACAGUACCAAAGCCACUGAAAAUCCUUCUUGGACUCUCUUUGCUACUCAGAACCUGCUUUUGGUGACUAUUACAAGGAGCAUGGGUAGUGGCCCUGCAUGAGUGGGAUGUAUUUGUGAGAGUUCUCAGAAGCCAAUGGUUUGCAACCUUUAUUAUUGAUUCCCGGUAUUUCUAUUCUAUCAGGUGCUCUUUCUGAUUAACCCAUUUUCUAGUUUAAAUUUCUACAUUUCGAAUAGCAACAAUGUAGAAUGUGUUAAUGUAGUUCACAUCUAUGUCUAUUCUGUUAAUGUAGUUUGGAAAAUUGAGACAAUAAUUAGAGUCAAAUUAGGUAAUGUUAUCAAUCUGUUAAAACUUAUUUAUAUGAGUUUGAUGGACAGUAUAGCACUCGAACCUGACGGAUUUCUGAUAGGAAUACACCAAUCCCAAGGGUGAGCUCUAUAAGGACUUCGGGGAUCAGGCCCUUCCCAUGCUAAAUGUGCAUAAUCUCACAAUUGGUGGGGGACUCUCUCAUAGGUAAUUGGUUCUUUAUUUAUGGGUGAUUGAUUCUGUUAUGGGUGAUUUAUUCUUCAUUCAUGAGGAACCUAUGUGUAAAGUACAGGAUAAAUAAUAGAGAAGGGGAGUACUUUAGACAGACUAUUGAGUGAGUAGAAUUUGAGAUUAAUUAUCUCUCGAAAGCUCUGCAAUUCUGUUUUCUUUUCCCUGUCAAUUUCUGGUUUCUUGUAUUGUUCUUACUAAUAUCACACAGAUAUCAUCAACAUAAUACUGAUCUUAUUCCGUUCUUCAUCUUCCUUUUCUAUUUUCUUGAUUGAAUCCUUUCACUUUCAUAGGGCACUGAGAAACAACUUUUUGAAAUCAAAGCCUAGAUUGUUCCCUACACGGUUGUUUAUUGCAUCUCACUUGGCUUUCUGUAAUAUUUUCUUAUCAUUUUGCUCUAUAUCAAGUUUCAUUGGAUGUUAGCUUUUGUUUGGAAUUAUAAAUUAGCUGUUCAGAACAGGAUGGAUGGAAAAUU